GAUAAAUGGGCAUCAUCUCAGUUUUCAGUUAGCUUAUCUUUUUCAGCGGACGCAUGUAUAGUUUAUAUAGAGCAAUAAUGGCAUUUAGUUUUGAAGUUAAAGUUCCUAAGGCGUUGAAAUCUGUAAAGUAUACUUUAGCUGCAGUGAAUGGUGUGUUUGUGAUCACUGGUUUUUUACUCUUAAUCGUCGGGAUCGUGAUCCUGGUCACCUACUCAGAAUACGAUCUCCUCAUAACUCGGAGAUUCUUCACGAUACCCGGUUUUGUGAUUGCGACCGGAGUGAUCAUUCUCCUAGGUUCAUUUCUGGGAUUCUAUGGCGCUAUAACGAAACAGUUUUACUUAAUUGCCGCGUACUGCGGCCUGUUAGUACUUGUGUUGAUAUUCGAGAUAGCUAUAGUAAUCGUGAGCUAUGGGUUGAAGAAUGACGCGACUUCCGCGAUCAGGUCCCCAAUGCUGCAAACCCUACAGCUGUAUGAGUCCAGACGCGACAUCGCCAAGAUAUGGGAUGAUCUGCAAAUGCAAUUCGAAUGCUGCGGCGUCGCGGGCCGUUUCGAUUACGUCUCCAACAGGAUCCCGGUGAGCUGUUGCCACAUCGACUACGGGACUAUAUCACCCUUCGAAUGCAUGACAGCCAACGCCUACCCCACGGGCUGUGCGAGCGUGCUCGGCGAGUGGCUCAGUUACAACGCACAUGUCAUCGCCAUCUGUGCGCUACUAGCAUUGUGUUUGCAGGUAUUACUAACAGCGAUGGCUGGAUGGCUGGCGUACAGAUCUAAGUUCGAAGAAAUUGAACUUGAAUCAUAAGUUUUAUUUAUUAAUUUAUUUUUUGUUUUCCUUGUUUUCUUUGAUUUAGCAGUUACAUGACCUAUAGAUUCAGUAUUAUGUGAAUGUGUAGAAAGAGUGUUUUCAGUUGAAUCUGUGUAAUAAAGUUAUAUUGUCUGCAAA